UGGAAUCGUCACUGACACUCCGUUACUUCGGUUUCAUUUCCAGCCCUUGAGACGGAGCUUCCUUUUACAUUCCAACCGCUAUAGAAUAACUGAGCACCACAUCAUUGCUUUGGCGGAAAGUUUCCAAGAGCUUCUUUUGUCCAUUAUUGCUACUGUAUUGCGUUUGCGUGACCAGCUCUGAUAUUUUGAUACUCCCGAGCUCCCGGCAUUGAGGGAGCAGUUGGGAGGUUUCAAGGGUUCUUCCGGAUUAUUUUCUGUAGAGGCCACGAAAGCCUCAUUUCAGAGCUUCUUUGCCCAUCUUCAUUGAUUAAUUCCUUCGACAACCAAUUCGCUGCUCGAGGACAGAAGAUUCACUCAACACAAUGCGCUUAAAAGAAUUAUCGCCUUCUGCGGCGUUACUCCCUAUCCUGCUUGCGAUAGCUCCUUCUCCUUCCUCAGCCUUCUAUCUCCCUGGUGUCGCACCAACAUCAUACUCCGCUGGGGACAAGGUACCGCUCGAUGUUAAUCACUUGACGCCCGCUCUGUCGACCUUUGAUUCCCAGCUUCAUUCGCUCAUUGCUUUCGACUACUAUCAUGAGCCGUUUCAUUUUUGCCGCCCCGAGGGCGGAGCAAAGCCCCUGGCCGAGUCGCUUGGGAGCAUUUUAUUCGGUGACAGAAUAAUGUCGUCGCCGUUUGAGCUGAAAAUGGCUGAAAAUGAGACCUGCAAAGCCUUGUGCGAGGUGGUGAAAUUCGAUCAGCGCGACGCGAAAUUCGUGAACAGACGCAUCCAGCAAAAUUAUAAUAUGAACUGGCUCAUUGAUGGCUUGCCUGCUGGGCAAUUGAAUCGUGAUCCGCACACGAAUACUGAGUUUUAUACCACAGGGUUCUCUCUGGGCUCUCUCGAGAAGGAAAAGCCUCGACUACACAAUCACUAUGAUAUUCUGGUUGAUUACCAUAUUGCAGGCCCUAACAAGUACAGAGUGGUGGGGGUCCUCGUUCAACCAUCCUCCCGAAAAGAUUCCAAGAUUUUGGGUAAUGGAAAGGCGGACUGUGGAAAUGCAGCCGAGUCCCUAGAACUAUCUGAAUCGGGAGAGACUGCUGUGGCUUGGACCUACAGCGUCUUUUGGAGAGAGUCGCCCACUGCGUGGGCCACUCGGUGGGACAAAUAUCUACAUGUUUUUGACCCUCGCAUCCAUUGGUUCUCUUUGAUAAACUCUGCCGUCAUUGUCACCUUCCUCGUGGGACUCGUCGGCAUGAUCUUGCUUCGCGCCCUGCGCAAGGACAUUGCACGGUAUAACCGACUGGAUACGGUCAACUUGGAUGAUCUCUCCGGAACUGAGGUUGGUGUCGAGGAUGGCGUGCAGGAAGACUCGGGCUGGAAGCUGGUGCAUGGCGAUGUCUUCCGCCCUCCAAAGCAUAUUCUACUGCUGAGUGUCUUCCUGGGGAACGGAGCCCAGCUUCUGGCUAUGACUGGAAUUACCAUUGCUUUUGCCCUUCUCGGAUUCCUUUCACCAUCUAACCGUGGUUCCCUCGGAACCGUGAUGAUUCUUCUCUACACCCUUUUCGGCUUCAUCGGAGGCUACGUCUCAGCGCGAACUUACAAGUCGUUUGGCGGCGAGUCCUGGAAGAAGAAUAUCGCCUUGACUCCGUUCUUGAUUCCAUUCGUUGUGUUUGGCAUGUUUUUCCUGCUGAACCUCUUCCUUUGGGGUAAACACUCGAGCGGCGCUGUUCCUUUCACUACCAUGCUUGUCAUUGUGGGCAUCUGGUUCGUUAUUAGCGUCCCACUCAGCUUUGCUGGCAGCUGGAUCGGCUUUAAGCAACCUGCAAUCCAACCUCCGGUACGGACAAACCAGAUCCCGCGCCAGAUCCCUCCGUCCGCCGGCUACAUCCGGCCCAUCCCUUCAAUGCUACUGGUUGGCAUUCUCCCAUUCGGUGCCAUCUUUGUGGAGCUCUACUUUAUCAUGAACAGCAUUUGGUUCGACAAGUUUUACUACAUGUUUGGCUUCUUGUUCCUCUGCUAUGGCUUGAUGGUUAUGACGUGCGGCGCGGUCACCGUGCUUAUGGUUUAUUUCUUGCUGUGCUCCGAGAACUACCACUGGCAUUGGCGAGCGUUCUUCACUGCUGGCGCGUGCGCAUUCUACGUCUUUGCCAACGCCAUGCUCUAUUGGGUGAGCAAUCUCAAGCUCGGAAACUUUACCUCGGGCAUGCUGUACAUUGGUUAUAGCGCCCUCGUGAGUUUCUUGUUCUUUAUCCUAACAGGAACAAUUGGCUUUUUCUCAAGCUGGAUGUUCGUUCAUAAGAUUUAUUCUUCCAUCAAAGUGGACUAAAACGGUCGCAUUUUACGCCAACCCGGCCUCGCGAAGCAUAGGACUCGUCAGCACGUAUGCAAGGAGAACUGGACCGAACCGAGGGACAACGACAGGGCUCUUUCAAUGGGAGCCCUUUCUGCCGCAUUUCCAUUGUUCUCAUAAUAUCGAAAUGCAUGUACGAACGCAAAACGUGCAAUCUACUUAUCAAAAUCAAAACGAAUGAAAAAAGCGAUGGCGCUACAUGGCGUUCGUUCGAUCUCUGCUCAUCUCAAAUAUUCCCACCGUUAAUUUGAUUGCACACCUCUGGAGCAAAACAAGGAUACUGGAGCGGGCGUCAUCGUUCAUCGUAUUCAUGGAAUUAGUUACUGCCUUUUUCCCUCUCAUAUUCUCGGUCAAAAUAAUGGGACUUUAAUGUCAUUGUUUCAGUCAGUCUUAUCGUGUCAUUUGAUUUCUCCAAUAGAAAAAUUGCAUGGUUUCGAGUAAGGAAC